AUGGAGAAUGAAUCUAGAAUUGAACUAGAAAAUCCAGGAGAUUACGUAAAUGAUGAUGAAGCUGUAGUAGAAUCAGUAUGUAUGAGCUGCGGCGAGAACGGAACUACGAGAAUUUUGGCCAGAAAAAUACCUCAUUUCAAUGAUAUACUUGUGAUGUCAUUUGAGUGCAGUUUCUGUGAUAAUAAAAACAAUGAAAUUCUAAACAUAUCAAAAUUACAAAACCUCGGAGUCUCUUACAACAUUCAUGUUAAUAAUCCAGAAGGUUUAAAUAACCAAAUUGUUAUCACCAACACAUCAGCCGUUAAAUUAAUUGAUUUGGAAUUUGAAAUACCCAAAUUGGAUAGAAAGGGUAUAGUUACCACAAUUGAAGGCCUGCUGACUAACAUUAUCAACAAUUUGACUGAUCAUAUUAGUUCUUUUGAAAGUCUUGGUGUAGAUAAUGCGGAAACUGACGCUAUCCUGAAUAAAGAACUCACAAAUUCUACUAACGAUGUGAGUAUAAAAGUGGAUGAGAAUGUUUAUAAAUUGGCUGAAUAUUUACAAAAACUCGAUAAAAUAAAGAAUAGACUGGUUUCAUAUUCCACAGGAUUGGAAUCUUUUACACUGUUUAUUGAUGACCCAAGUGGUAACAGUUAUGUUGAAAAUGAUAAUAACAAGUUGGAACUAACAGUUAAUAAAUAUGAAAGAACCAAUGAGCAUUUAGAGAAAAUGGGCUAUGCAUGCCAACCAGAGGAUGAAGGUUCACCAGACGAUGACAACGAAUCAAAUGGACCUCACCAGUCGGACCAUGAGGAUGGUUUAAAUGAUUUCUUUUUUGUUAAUUGCACAAACUGUGGCUUUAAAGGGAAGAACCAAAUUUGUGAAAUUGCAAUACCUGGGUUUGACAAGUGCAUAAUAAUGUCAUUCGUGUGUGACAACUGCAACUAUAGAACAAAUGAACUCAAACCUGGUGGCGGAAUUAAGGAAUACGGCAAGGUUUGGCACCUUAAAAUCAAUAGUGUUGACGAUAUUAAACGGGAUAUUAUUCUGUCAAACACUUGCGAAAUCAGCAUCAAUGAGUUGGAACUGACGAUAUCCCCAGGUUCAUUGAGUAGUUUGUUUACUACAAUUGAAGGAUUAAUUAAUAAAAUAAUUGAGAAUUUGCACUCAACAUUCCCCUUUUUAAUAGGUGAUUCAAGCCUCAAUUCAGACGAAAUGAGCCACAACAAUGGUGACUCGACACCUUUAGUGAACGGCAUGUACAUAAAUAAAAGCAAAAUAAAGUCAUUGAUAAACAAAUUGAAAGAAGUAAUUGAUUGUAGAAAUGGUUCAAAAGAGGGAAUCAAUAUCGCAUUUAACGACCCAUUGGAUAACACAUUUAUUUUCACAUACACCAACAGUAACGCUCAAAUUACAAGUGAAGGCAUAAAAAACAAUAUUGAUAGUAUUAUAUCCAAGUAUAAUGUAGUCAACGAGGAAACUAAAGGGUCAGUUGAGGAUUGUCCAGAUUUUGAUAACUUAAAUAUCGGUAAAUCAGCACUCCUGGACGAAAAAAUCGUAGUUGAUGAAAACUUGUACUAUAUUAAUUAUAAUAGAACAGAUGAACAAAAUGAAGAGUUUGGACUAAUUUAG